AUGGAGUCCCAGUUCGUAUCGAAGCUGACGGGCAACUUGAACGUAGAGAUCGUUCUCGGAACCGUUUGCAAUUGCGACGAGGCCGUUCACUUACCUGAGGACGACAAAGGGCUUAUCCAGAAACACGCUGACAUUGCACAUUCUGCUGCCGUCCUGCUGGAGAAAUGGCAUCUCAUCAAAGCACUGUGCUUGGCCGCAUUGCGUCAGGAGGUCAUCAGAAAAGCGGAGGACAAACAAUUCUAUCGCUACUUUGAUCUCGACCCUCCUGAAAUUGGUGAGCUUGACGGCAUCCUAAACGCUGGAGGGCUCGUGCAUCGCUGGGUUCACAGCUUCCCCAAGCUGCAAGCGAAAGCGCAGCUCAUCACGCGCUCACUUCUUUACGAGAAGACCCACGGAACGGCUGAGACAUUCCGGUUGAAGAUGUCGAUGCACGGCCAGCGCUAUGCAGAGGAUGAACAUAACGUCACCAUCAUGGUUCCCGUGUUUGAGCCCGUGCCCCCGAACUACUACAUAUCUGUCUCCUCUGACCGAUGGUUGUAUGCCGAGACCCGACUACAAACACUUGAUUCUCCCAGAAAAUUUACCACCUCCCACUCCUCUUCUCGAGCUCCAGCCGCACCCGCUAUAUGGCUGUACACAUCUGAUGAGAAAGUCUUUAGUAUUGGCGCAUCGACUGGAAGCGGUGGACUGGGGCUCGCCAUUCGGGGUCUCCACCGGCCCUUUCCAUGGCUUAGUCAGCAUGUAGGGUUCAUGCAUGCUGAGGCCGCUGGCCCUGCUCCAGCGGCAAAACUAUCUCUGCCGAAUCGGCUCUGCUCCGCCUUUGGAGAAACGGGAGUUUGUAUUGAACCCUACCAGGAGAUGGUUGGCCAGCGUGUUGCGGAGUGGCGUCAGAAGUUCAGCGGCCUGCAGGGCGGCACAGAGAUUGAGAUGCUGGAGAGUGGACAGGUCGUAUUUUAUGUGCUGAGUGCAUUCGACAGACCACGAUUUCUUUCUCCCACGACCUCCGCUUCCCUCAUCAGACCUCGAUCGGCAUCCCGGGGUCUAACUACUUCGUAUUGUUCUGCAUGGCCUGACGCCCAUGCACGCCAUGUGCUGCUCAACUUAUGGCUUGCAAUGUCUGGGAAGUCAUCUCACCCUGACUUCGACCCUACCACGCUCUCGACUAUGACUCUGAUUACGACGAGAAGGCCAGAACUGUUGUUGAAGCCUAUCCAUAUGCUGGCGAGUUCACCUUUAUGUUUGUUCAUUCGGUAUUUUGAUGGCUUCGAAGGUGUCUUCUUCUCGAAGGAUCGUCGCGAGGAAGUCAUAGAAGUCGAAGAAGAACCUGAGACAGCCUUCAUGCCAGACACCAACGAGCAGCUGAAGAUUAUGACUCAGGGUCAGUGGAUGAAGGGUUGUCCAGAAGGCGGCGAACAGGGUUUCUUGUUCGGUCUCUACAACGAGCUAAGCAGCGGUGACUGCCCUUGCCCCCAAUUAUGCGGACGUGGGAUUCAGAUAUCUAAGAGUAAUUUUUUUUGCUAUUUUUAUUUUAUGCUGUAUAUUCAACAUCUUCGCCGUGUCGUAAAGUCAACAUUGGAAGCAAUCGUGACCCUCGCUCCUCGGGUGAUGAUACUCUAUUCCAUUGUUCCAAUCUGCAAGGCGUUAUAUUGGGCAUCGGGCUCGCUAUGUUUGGAUCCACGUUCUCUGAGCAGCAUCAAUAAACCUCCGAAGAGAGUUCUCAGAAAUCAAAAACAAACAAGAGACCGAAGACCGAUCUGCACUCUUCUUCACGAUGAUGAUAGCUAUUACAUGUCUUUGCCAGUGGGGAAGAAAUCGAAAGGAGGCAUUGGCUAUGCUGGAGAUGUAAAGGAAGAUGCCACCCAGCGCCUUAAAGAUGAGAAGAUCGGUACGAUACUUUCUCAGAUCCGCGAGUAUCUUCCGUCUUUGCGCCGAGAGGGAGGUGCACGAACCAGCGAUUACAUGAUCCACCCCACGGCUCUUGCGCAUCUUCGCAGACGCUUUAAUUGUCUCUGCACCACUCUACUCAGGAAAGAUUCCCUCUCGGACAUGUCAGAUCGUUCUGUGCUGUACUUUGAGUUAUUUGAAAGGCUCGAGACUAUAUCCAACCAUGAAGCGUUGGCAGGCAUGAUGCCGAUGCCGAUCAUGGUGGUUGCCUCUGUCAAAUCCGUCGCGCCCAAGAAAGUAGCCAAGGGUAAGGCACCUAUACGUGAACGAACAAUCAUUUAUGAAGGUAGUGCUGGCCCGCGAGAAAAGGCAUCAAAACCCCUCGACCCAGAGGUGCUUGAGAUGACGGAGGAGCCGAAACGCAUGACAUCGUCCGCGAAGGGCAAGGAGAGAGAAUUGACCCCUUCUUUGUCUGACGAAAACCAGAAGCUGCUCUUGUUUUGUCAGCGAAUCUUAGCGACUGCAAGUGCCAUCGAUCGCUCAUUACGCGUAACCAAAGGCGACGCAUUUGUUGACCGAUUAAACACUUCACUGCCAAGAAUUACAUCGGAACCGUUUGAUCAUUCAACAAUUACUCUUGCUACGACGGAUGAGGCGCGGAAGAAGGCUUACGUCGACUGGGCUAUUCAAGUUCGAUUCGAACACUGCGACCUUACUGUUCCAAGAGAGGAAGACAAGAAAGGGGCGAUAGAUGAGAGCUUGCCGCAUUACAAGUUCUACUAUAAUAGCGAGGCCCGAAUGCUUGCCACCUCGGACAUCCCUCUCUAG